AACCUCACCCCGGCCACCGCUUUCGCUUUUCUCUUUAGCGCCGCCCUCCCCUCACCCUCUGACCCUCCUCGCACGGCUCCUCUCCACUUUCCCCUUCGCUUCGAUUCGAUUUUCUCCAUCGCUGGAUCGAGGAGCUAGCUAGGCUUGCGCGGAUGAAGCUGCUAGCGCCAUGGGGAGGGACGGGUUGAGCUGAAACGGUUCGAGAACAAGAUCUACGGCCUUGGGCAAGCGCCGUAACAGCCUGCUCAGGAAGGCGUCCGAGCUCUCCGUGCUCUGCGACGCCGAGGUCGCGCUCGUCUUCAUCAUCGUCUUCUCCAACGGGUAACCACCGCAAGCUCUACGAGCUCUGCAUCGGCCAGAGAGCAGUGGCAGUGACUACCUAAAACUGAAAGCUAGCUAGGGUGAAAAAUCUGCAGCAACUCCAAGGCAAGUUUAGUUCUAAACAUGAAUUAUUACCGUGAUUAUAGCACUUCUCACAAAAUUCAGGGAUAUGCAUAAUGGAGAAUUUUGUGAGAAGUGCCAUAAUCUGACUGUUUUAGAAUGCAUAUCCCUGAAGAUAGACAUCAAUUUAGAAAAAUUAUAUAUUAAUUCUUCCACAAGUCUUUUAGUAAGCUAUAAAGAGGUGAAAAGAAGGUAGCUCAAUUAAUAUACAACAAUCGGUAGACAGGUAGAGCAUAUUUAACUGCUUAUUAAAAUUUUAUUUUAAAUUACACAAAUUUUCGCUCAGCAAAGAUCGCUGGUGGUUGGCAUCAAGAAGAGGAAAGGAGUGGAACUGAAAGCUUGGAAGCUUAUUUCGGAGGAGAAGCCGGCCACAUGGAAGGAGGAGCUGCUGCUGGUGCUUCUUCUUCUUCUUCUUCUUCUUCUUCUUCUUCUUCUUCUUCUUCUUCUUCUUCUUCUUCUUCUUCUUCUUCUUCUUCUUCACGUGGUACGUAUAUCUUUGCUCACGCCUCAUGCGCGACAAGACUGUUUCGGUUGGUUUACAUGCAACCUAGACACCCAGCCCAACCCUAUUGUUUAAGUUUGACCCAACUGAGGUGGCUUAGAUAUAUCACUUAUGAUUGUUAUGUUGAAGUGAUAUUCUGUUACUUCAUAGGUGAAUUUACAGUAUUCGGCUUGACAACAAAGGAACACAAACAACUACUAGUUGAAUCAACAAUUCCAUUCCGUGGAAGUGUAGUGAGGAUCAUCCGAGUGUCUGCUAAGAAGGAUGUUGUUGAAACCGGGACAGCCUUCCUCGUGUUUAGAGGUGAAAAGAGAAGCUUGUCUCUCACCUGUGACCACAAAUUUAUGAAAAAGAAAAUGGGUGAAGUGAUCAGGUUCUAUCAUGGGGAUAGGGAUUACCCAGUUGAGAAGAUCCAUUGCCGAGAUGGUGCACGUGAUCUGUUGUUGUUUUCACUUAAGGGUAAUGUGCCCGAGUACCCAUGUGUAGAGUUCUCUAUUGAUGAAAUAAAGCAAGAUGACAUGGUCGCACUACUUGGAUAUAGCACCCCAAUCCUACCUGACAAAAAUGGAAUAUUGGUCCAGUUUCUGAUCAAGGAGCCGGGAAUUUACGCAGGAAGAAUUAGUACCGACGCAUAUAUAUAUGGGAGGACAUCCAAGAGUACUACGAAAAGCAGGGGCGGAUCCAGCAGGGGGGCUGGGGGGGCUCGAGCCCCCUGCCCCCGGAAACUCCAUUGGAGCCCCCCCUUGAUUUUUUCCCCUGCCAUUGAAGAAAGCUCAAGGUUGAAGAUGAAUAUUGUAUAGUUGAGCCCCCCCUCCCUUUCUAGUCUGGAUCCGCCACUGACGAAAAGAUCGUCUAUAGCUUUGGUGUCGCCGGAGGUUUAGGGGGUGCUCCUUUGUUUAGAGAUGGUAAAGUUAUUGGACUCCAUCUAGCAACUUUUGGUAGGAAUAUGAAGGAUGGUGUUUCUGCUAGGACAAUGUUGCAAGUGCUGAGAGAAUGGCUUGGAGUUGGAGAAGAUAACCAGGCUACCAUUAAGGAGUUGCUUCAAAUGGUGUAUGAUAAAAUAGAGUCGUCCAAUGUGCCUAAGCCUAACGCUGAGCCAUCAAACAAGAAGGUAAGAAGAAUGAAGUGAAAGCAAACAAGAAGAGGGCUAGCUCAAAUCAAGAAAUUGAGACUUGAUUGAAGGAGGCUUACUUGUCAUUCUGUCAUAAUGAUCGAGCUAGAGGGAUGAUGAUUAGGGCAUAUCAUGAUGUCCAAAUUGUUAGAAGAUAUGAUGUUGAAUUUUAAGUUACCGCAUUUUCUGCCGUCAAACUAAAACCUUUUACUAUCCUCUGUGCUAAGUUGAAAUGUUAGAGUUCUUAUUUAGGGUCAUGUGGUCGAUUACUCCAUGCAACUCUUGUGGCACCAUUGAACUGGAAAUGAGAAAUUAAAUUGGACUUCGCCUCGAGCGUGAAAAUCAA